GAAGAGUGAGAGUGCAGUAUCAUUCUACAGCAGUACUUCACAUCUGCGUCCGAAAACAAAACACCCAGAUUCGCAUACCAAACCCUCCCAAUCAAUCCAUGGAAGAAAAACGCCGCGACGCUGCCGGAACUCAGCCGCCGUCAAAUGCCGACUCCCCAACCGCCGAGCCGUCUUCUACUCGGCGUCGUGGCGGAGCCCAAAAGCGAAAGGCAAGCACCCUUGGCGGCUCAACCUCUUCAUCCACGCCAUCCAAACGUUUCGCUCGCGAGAAAGCUUUGCUUUCUCACACUUCGAUUCACAACGGCCCGUUGACCCGGGCCCGUCAGGGCCCUAGCAGCCUGGCUUCGGCUUCAUCAGCUGGGGCUGCUGCGAAGCCGGCGGCGCAAGCCAAGCGUCCUGACCCGGUGGGGGAGGCGGUGGCUGAGCUGGUGAAACGGGAGAGCGAUUUGGAGGCUCUGGAGGCUUCUAUGGAGGCUGGGUUUGAAUCCAUUAGAUCUCGCAGUGCCAAUGCUCAUGUUGUUCCUAGUCAUUGCGGUUGGUUUUCUUGGACAAAGGUUCGCUCCAUUGAGGAGCAAAUGUUGCCGUCUUUCUUUAAUGGGAAGUCUGUGACUCGGACUCCUGACGUAUACUUGAAGAUACGUAAUUGCAUCCUGAAGAAAUUCCACGCAAAUCCGGGCACAUUUAUUGAAUUAAAGGACUUGUUGGAGCUUGAAGUUGGAGAAUUUGAUGCUAGACAAGAAGUAAUGGAAUUUUUGGACCACUGGGGUUUGAUUAAUUUCCACCCAUUCCCACCAACAGGUUCUGCUGUGGCCAGUGUCGACGGUGAUGGAGUGGCAGAAAAGGAUGCUUUGGUUGAUAAGUUGUAUCACUUUGAAGCAUUACAAUCACGCUCAUCAGUUGUUCCCAAGACUAAUAUAACGACCCCAACAGUGCUAUCCGGGUUGUUUCCCGAGUCUGCAAUUGCUGAAGAGUUGGCUAGGACUGAAGGGCCAGCUGUUGAGUACCAUUGCAACUCUUGUUCAGCUGAUUGCUCACGCAAGCGCUACCAUUGCCAGAAGCAGGCAGAUUUUGAUCUAUGCACUGAUUGCUUUAAUAAUGGGAAAUUCGACUCUGGCAUGUCUUCGUCAGAUUUCAUUCUUAUGGAGCCUGCUGAAGUUCCGGGUGUAAGUAGUGGGAACUGGACUGAUCAGGAGACUCUCCUUCUCCUUGAAGCAUUAGAACUUUAUAAAGAAAACUGGAAUGAGAUUGCUGAACAUGUCGCAACAAAAACAAAAGCUCAAUGUAUACUGCACUUUGUUCAAAUGCCAAUUGAGGACACUUUUCUUGAUUAUGACGAUAGUUUUGAUGGUAGUGCUAAAGAGACUGCAUGUCCAACUUCAACUGGAAAUGAUUUAUCGGUCCCCAAAGGUGCCCCUGAAGCAACAGAGAAUAAGACUGCUGUUAAUGCGAGUGACCCCCAAACUUUCCCGAUUAAAACUUCAAAAGAAGUGACUGAAGUAAUCGUUGGACAGGAUACUUCAAAGCCAGAAGAUUUAAAUGAAGUCAAAGACGGUCAGGAAACUUCAAAAUUGGAAGAUACCGGUGAAUUGAAAGUUGAUCAAGAAACAGAUGAGAAUUUUGCACUAAAGGCUCUUAAAGAAGCGUUCGAAGUUGUUGGUUAUCCUCCAACACCUGAAGGUCAACUUUCAUUUACAGAAGUGGGAAACCCUGCCAUGGCAUUGGCAGCAUUCCUAGCACGUUUGGUGGGACCUGAUGCUGCUAUAGCUUCAGCACAUAAUUCUUUGAAAUAUAUAUCUGCCAGUUCUCCUGGUAUUGCGCUGGCUGCAAGGCAUUGCUUUAUUUUGAAAGAUCCACCGAAUGGCAGUAAGGAACAUGCUGGUGCUGAUAGUGUUUCUGCUGAAGUGGAAGCGCAGAAAGACAAAGUCAAUGAAGACAAAGUUCAUGAAGACAAAAGCCAGAAAGAGGAUAACUCCACCUCAGGUUUGGAAGAUAAAGAUUCAUCAAAUGAUAGCAGUGACAAGAAACUUGAAAAAUCUUCUUCUGAAGAAAAGUCGCAAUCUGCAAAAGAACAAGAUGGUGUAGUUUCUGAUGAGGAAGUAGGAACUGAAAAUUUGAAGAACUCGGACAAGUUAGAGUUACCAAGGGUAGAAUCACCAACUAAUGUGGAGGACACAACUGAUUCAAAAGUGGAGACAGGGCAUCAAACGAGUUCUGAGAAGGAAUCAGGACGAGCAGGAAAGCCUUCUGAACCUACAGAGCCAGUAAAUGAUGUGGAUAUGUCUGAUUCAGUUCCCUCUACAAAAAAUGAGAUUCAACGGCCAAUUACAUCAAAUUCAGUCGAGGAACCUCCUCAAUCUAAAGAGGCAACAAAAGAUGUAGAUGUAUCUAGUUCUCUGGCUACAGAAAUAAAUGGGCCUCAACCAGUGGUUACUACCAAAUCAGAAGAACCGCCUGACCCUACAGAGGUACCAAAGGAUGUGGAUAUGGUGUGUGAUUCUCAGACCCCACAGAAGGAUGAGCCUCAACCAGUUACAUCAAAUUCAGUGGUUGAAAAGGGAGCAAGUGAUGAUCAAACUAAAGAUGGUAGACUAGAAAAACAUGACAGUAUGGAGACAAAAGUGGGUGAGAAAAUUGAUAAACUAAAGCUGGCUGCAGUUUCUGCAGUGUCAGCGGCUGCAGUGAAGGCAAAGCUUCUAGCAGAACAGGAAGAAGAUCAAAUCCGACAACUUGCGGCAAUGUUGGUGGAGAAGCAGUUGCAUAAGUUGGACGCCAAAUUAGGAUUCUUUAACGAGAUGGAACAUGUUGUAAUGAGGGUAAGAGAGCAAUUGGACAGGUCAAGACAGAAGCUCUACCAUGAGCGGGCACAGAUAAUUGCAGCUCGUCUUGGCGUACCAGGUUCAUCUAGAGGCAUGCCAGCAAUUCCUGCCAAUAGAAUGGCCAUGAAUAUUGCAAACUCAGUUCCAAGGCCCACGCUAGGCAUGACUUCCCAAAGGCCACCUAUGUCAAGACCGAUGGGGGCAGCGGCCCCGACUCCGUCGAACCAAUUUUCAGCCACAACAUUGGCAGGAAGUUCAAUAUGGCCUCCCAGAAAGGACAAACUUUCACCAGUUGGGUCCAAGUAAACACCUGAGAACUUGUGAAUAGAUACUAAUUAUUCUUCUGCAGCCGUCAUCAAUUAUCUUUUGUACCAAGAGCGAGCUAGAGAUGGGCGGAUUGGUGGUUGCUCUUCUGCUACACUGAAACAGCCUCUCCCCAUGCUGCCGAUAAUCCCAUUUACAAAACAGACGAGGGCCUUUCAGGGUAAUUUUCAGCAAUCCACUUUAUUCUGUUUUGGAUAUUUCAACUCCAACCAUGUAAACCUUACGAGGUGACAAGCUAAGCAAAGAAAAAAGAAAGGAGUCCACUGACAGCCCUAAAAUUUUCUUCAGGUAAACUGCCAAAUUUGAAAUUCCACCUGUGAGCCUUGUGUAAUCGAGUUUCUAACAAUUUGGUGAAUGCGUUGCAAUGCAAAGCUUGGUUAAUAUCUUAUGGCUAGACAGCGUUUGACUUGUUUAUUGUAAUACGGGGACCAAAAUAUGCAUUUACAGAGUUUGUUAUCUACCCUAUGUAAGCUUACAUUCAAGUUAAUUUCUGCUUGAAAUUUUGCUGCUCA